UUUUUUUUGGUCACCCGCUCUACAGUUAGGUAAGAACCCUCAUUUUUUUUUGAGGUUGGGGCCGUGCUGGCUAUAUUCCAGUAAUAGACAAACAUCUUCUGCCGGGAUAAUGCCAAACGACUCAAUUCCUUCUUUCUUCCCACCGAAAUAUUUCUGGUUGAAAGCCGAAGCCAAAUUUGAGAUGAGAGAACUUCUACUGUAAUUCUUCAUGACCGUGAAAUUUAUUUGAGCACAAGUAUGGCAGAAUCAGGAUACAACAUAAAUGAUUUGGUUCGAGAAGGCCUUUCUAGGUGGUUAAGACCUGCAGAAGUGCUCUUCAUACUACAGAAUCACGAGGAUCACCAACUAGCGCAUCAACCACCUCAAAAGCCAGCUAGUGGAUCUAUGUUUCUCUUUAAUAAGAGGGUACUCAGGUACUUCCGUAAAGAUGGUCAUAGUUGGCGUAAAAAGAAGGAUGGAAGAACUGUAGCAGAGGCACAUGAACGGCUUAAGGUUGGAAAUGCUGAAGCCCUAAAUUGUUAUUAUGCACAUGGUGAGAAGAAUUCUAACUUCCAGAGGCGCAGCUAUUGGAUAUUGGAUCCUGCGUACGAGCACAUUGUUCUGGUUCACUACAGAGAUAUAACUGAGGGGAGGCAGAUUGGAGCAUUCAUGUCACAGUCAUCUCCAAUUUCCUCUACUUUCUCUCUGAGUCCCAGCUUAUAUUCUACUCAACAUCCAGGCUUCACUGUUGUUGGUAGUGAAUCUUAUCAACAAUACCAGGAUGAAUCUAGACCUGGAUAUGGGGAAAUUUGUUCUGAUGCAGUCAUCCAUAUUAAUGGGAUGAACGUCUCAGACAUCACCAGGAUGAUGGAGGGGGUGGGCAGUUCACCAAAGGUUGAGAUAAGUCAAGCAUUGCGAAGACUUGAGGAGCAGUUAAAUUUAAAUGAUGACAGCUCAGCAGAAAUUUAUCCACUCUAUAGUGAGAUUGAGAACUCAAAUGAUGCUGAAAAUCUUGUACAUGACAAAAGUUCACUUGUCCAGAUCCAGGACAAUUCAAAUAAUCAUCUGUUGCUGCCUCAUUCAGGUGAGAGCAGUGAAUCUCAGGAUCAGCUUUUGAGCCUGGGUGCUAACAUGUGGAAAGAGAUGCUAGAUCACUGCAGGAGCUCUCCGGCUGCUCAGUCACAAACCAAAUGUUUUGAAAAGUUUGACGAGAAUGGAAUGCUACAAACUUCGUCAGGAAGUGAACCAAUAGAAGCUACAAAAAGCGAUAGGUGGCCUAAAAUUGGUGGAAAGGAAGCUCUGAAAUCUUCUGUGACAAAUCUUAAGCAAGUCGACGAUUUCAAGUAUCUUGCACGUGCACAAAUAAAUACUUUUGGAUCCUAUCCUGACCAGUGUACAACAAUAUUUGACCAAGAUCAGAUUGGAAUUUCAUUUGAAGCUAAUAUGAGCUUAACCAUUGUCCAGAAGCAGAAAUUUACCAUUCAUGAUAUAUCUCCUGAUUGGGGUUAUGCAUCUGAUGCAACAAAGGUAGUUGUAGUUGGAUCGUAUCUCUGCAAUCCAUCAGAGUAUACGUGGACUUGUAUGUUUGGUGAUAUUGAAGUUCCAGUUCAGAUCAUUAAGGAAGGUGCGAUCCGCUGCCAGGCGCCUCCUCACUUGCCAGGUAAAGUCGCACUCUGUGUUACUACUGGCAAUAGGGUGCCAUGCAGUGAAGUAAGAGAUUUUGAGUACCGUGCUAAGCUUGAUGAUCGUGGUCAAAAUAUUCUACCUGAAGUAUCAGGAGCUUCUAAGAGUUCGGAGGAACUGUUGCUACUUGUCAGAUUUGUGCAGAUGCUUCUAUCCGACUCAUCAGUGCAGAGAGGGGAUGGUUCUGAGUCAUGCAAUAAUAUCUUGGAAAAGUCCAAAGCAAGCGAAGAUUCGUGGAGCCAAGUUAUUGAAUCUCUUUUAUGUGGCACUUUAACUUCAACCGUAACCGUUGAUUGGCUUCUACAAGAGCUUUUGAAAAACAAGUUGCAACAGUGGCUUUCAUCCAAAUUGCAAGUAAAAAAUAACGAAAUGGGCUAUUCCUUGUCCAGGAAAGAUCAAGGAAUAAUUCACAUGAUUGCUGGCCUGGGGUUUGAGUGGGCAUUGCACCCAGUUUUAAAUGCUGGAGUAAGUGCUAACUUCCGCGAUAUCAGUGGCUGGACUGCCCUGCACUGGGCUGCACGGUUUGGAAGAGAAAAAAUGGUUGCAUCACUCAUAGCAUCUGGUGCAUUUGCUGGAGCUGUUACUGAUCCGUCAUCACACGAUCCGUUUGGUAAAACUGCUGCAUCAAUUGCUUCUACCUGCGGUCACAAGGGAGUUGCAGGUUAUCUUUCAGAGAUGGCUCUCACCAGUCAUCUGACGUCGCUCACAUUAGAGGAAAGUGAGGUUUCAAGGGGGACUGCUGACAUCGAAGCAGAAAAAACUAUCAGUAGUAUAACAACCAGCAGUUCUGUCACACACGAGGAUCAGAUUUCUCUAAAGAACACUUUAGAUGCAGUCCGCAAUGCAGCUCAGGCUGCUGCUCGUAUACAAUCUGCAUUCCGAGCACAUUCAUUCCGGAAGAGACGACUGAGAGAAGCUGCGCAUUCUGCUACCACUUGCGGAGAUGAAUAUUGUAUCCUCUCAAAUGAUGUUCUUGGGCUUUCAGCUUCCUCAAAGUUGGCAUUCCGUAACAUGCGGGACUAUAACUCAGCAGCUUUAUCUAUUCAGAAGAAAUAUCAGCGAUGGAAAGGCCGGAAGGACUUCCUUGCAUUUCGCCAGAAAGUAGUGAAGAUACAGGCUCAUGUACGAGGAUAUCAGGUUAGAAAGGAAUACAAGGUAUGUUGGGCUGUGGGUAUUUUAGAGAAGGUGGUGCUAAGGUGGCAUCGACGGGGUGUUGGUCUUCGAGGAUUCCGACUAGAAGAUGAAACCAUCGAGGAAAGCGAGGACGAAGACAUUCUCAAGUUGUUCCGCAAACAGAAAGUGGAUGCUGCUAUUAAUGAGGCUGUCUCUAGAGUGCUAUCAAUGGUCGACUCUCCAGAAGCACGCCAACAAUAUCAUCGCAUUCUUGGAAAGUAUCGACAAGCUAAGGAAAUCUUGUCAAGUAAUCUUCUUUCACCAUGCGGCAGGCUGAGCUUGCAGGAGUGAAGAGUGAUACAAUAUCCACUGCACAUAGUGACAUCUCCAAUGCGGAAAACAAUGAUGAAUACCAUUCGUAGAGAUGCUAAUCAAACAAUUCUGCGAUCACCUCCGCUUGUGGAUGAAUUUCUCAGUGUAUUCCAUGCUUCAGUUCGGUUUUGAAUGUUCUCUGUUGUUACGAAUGAAGUAUUUUGUUGAUGCUGGUUAUAAUUUUUAUUAAGGUCGAAAGUUGAAACAACCUUUUCCUUCAUUUAGUGCCUGUAGGCAGAUCAGUUUGAAAUUUCUUUUGCUAUUGUACAUAUUCUUGCGUCUUUUCUUAAUCUAUUCAUGGAAGCUCAGAAAUA